AUCGCAAAUGCUGUGCUGAAGCGAUCAUCACAGUAGACUUGGACUUACUAUAUCUAUACACGAGGUCAUCACAGUAGACUUGGACUUACUAUAUCUAUACACGAGGUCGGUUUGUUGAAAAAUAAAGAUUCCGCUUCAUCAGGAGGAGUCGGAUUUCCGUUUUUCUCUAGUAGGUGGCAAGAAUGAAAAAAAUCGGUUACAUGAACAACUUCAAGUUUAUGUUUGUCGCCGCUGCUGCCUCAUAGUCAUCCUGCUGAUCGUGAUCAAAAUUAGAUAAAUGGCGAAGACAUGAUCAACAUCUGACCGGUGCUUUGCAACUUUUGAUGUUGUGCGAAAGAACCCAAAGCCAAUCAUGAUCUUUUAUCUUGUCGCGACUCGUUCACAGCUAUCUAUUAUUACCAACUCGCGCCUCCUGCUCUCACGAUUUUUCCUAAAUUACAACUACUAGUAUAAUUUUCUCGCACAACACCUACUUUCGGAAGAAACAAAGCACUUACUUACAACGCUGUCACGUAGAAGCAACUAAGUUCGCUGAGGACCUCAUCUUGGACAUUCUUCUUCUUCUUUGUUCAGCACGCCUCACGCGCUUCUAUUCGUAUUCGUAAAACCUUGAGGUCUUCUGCCGCUGCUCUUACAAAUAAACCCUAUAUCAUUUGUACUUUUCUACUAAUUGCAAACGCUACACCUUUUAGCUCAUCCCCCCUACUGCUUCUACUGAAGGCGAAGACUUGACCAUCAUGAUGCGUACGGCGUUUCUGCUCAUCGGGUGUUUGUCCUGUAGUUUUCAGUUUCCUGAGGGAAUGAUUUCUGUCGCAGGAUUCGUAAUGCGCUCAGGCUUGUUGGGAGCGACGGCACGGUUGCCACAAGGAGGACCAAAAGAACGUGCACAGAGCAAGGCCGAGCCGCUGGAUCUAGAGAUGGGUCUAGAAGUUCCGGUCGGCCUCGAGCAAGAACCACGCAACUGCCGACGGCCGCGAGCAAGAACCCCGUCUCGCUCGCCUUCGCCUGCGCUUCAACAUGCUGGCGCGCCGUCGUCCAACCCCUAUGCGGGCUUCGCCGCAGAUCUGGCGGACGCGAGUUCUCCUGGGGGCUGUGCUAUGUGGACCCUGGGGGCUGUGGUCAAGUGCGGCGACAUAGUUAAUUCCACCAUAGGCAAGUACGGACUGCCGCGAGCAGUCAGAUCGAGAACCCCGCUUCGCUCGCCUUCGCUUGGAGGUUUGCGCCACACAUCUGAAGACGCCAACGGGGAUUCCGCGGGGCCACCCGACACAAUUGUGACAAUUGAAGGCAGUGAACACGUUGACGCGCCGCCCUCGUCCAACUACGAUGCGGACGUCGCCGCAGAUCUGGCGGAGGCGAGUACCCCUAGAGGCCGUGUCGCGGGUACCCUGACGAAGUGCGACGAGGACAUGGGCACUGCCAUACGCAACUGCCGACGGCAAGCAAGAGCCCCGGCGUCUCGCUCGCCUUCGCGUGAAGGUUUGCGCCACACAUCUGGAGACGCCGGCGGGGAUAGGGAUUCCGCGAGGCCACUCGACACGAUUGUGACAAUAGAAGGAAGUGAGCAAGAAGAUGUUGACACGCGGCCGUCGUCCAACGACUAUGCGGACUUCGCCGCAGGUCUGGCGGAAGCCAGUUCCCCUGGGCGGGGCUGUGUCGUGUGCUAA